UGGGUUAGUCCUCCUCAGGCCCCGCCCCCACUCCUGAGUCGUGACCCUACAGUAUGGCGCGGAAGCGGGCGUCCUGCGAGGAGCCGCGGGGCCAGCGGCGGCCCAAGAAGACUCGGACCCAGGAGGCGGAGGCGGAUGUUUUUGAAGAUGAGAAGCCAAAGAAUAUUCGUCUCCUGAAAGUCUCAGGUGGAAAAAGGAAGAAGAGUUGUGAUCCCAAUGGACCUAAUCAGGGUGUAUCAAGGAAGUCCAGGGUCAAGGCAGAGGCGACAUCUAAAAAUCCUCCCAGGGUGAAGGAAGAAGCUUCCAGUGAGGGAGAAGAGUUCACUACCUUUACGAGUACACCCAAAAAGAUCCAGCUAGUGACAGAAGCAUCAGUUAAACAAGAGAGCAGUGAAGAGAAUGAUGAAGAUGAAAGUGAGGAUGAUUGGGAGGAGGUUGAAGAACUUAAUGAGUCUGUGCCGGAAGAAAUGGGAGAGAUCACAGCCUCCUUAAAACCAAUUCUGUCUACCAAACCAGUGGAAAUAGAGAUUGAAACUCCAGAGCAGGUGAAGGAAAGAGAGAGAAGAGAAAAAAGGCAGAUGGAAUUUGAGACAUAUCUUCGGAGGAUGAUGAAACGCUUCAAUAAAGAAGUCCAUGAAGAUACACACAAGGUGCACCUGCUUUGCCUAUUGGCAAAUGGUUUCUUUCGGAAUCACGUCUGUAAUGAGCCAGACCUCCAGGCCAUCAGCCUCUCCAUCAUCCCAGCUCACUUUACCAAAGUGCUUCCUAGUAAAGUGGAUGUCCCUUACCUUUCAAACCUGGUAAAAUGGUUUAUCGCGACAUUUACUGUCAAUGCAGAACUUUCCACAGAUGAUCGAGACAGCCUGCAGUCUACGUUAGCAAGGCGUUUUGCUAUUUAUUCAGCACGGGAUAAUGAAGAAUUGGUCCAUAUAUUUUUAUUGAUUCUAAGGGCACUGCAGCUUCUGACUCGGCUGGUAUUGUCUCUGCAGCCUAUUCCUUUGAAAUUUCCAGCUACAAAGAGCAAGAAAAACAGCUCCCUAAAGAGUUCUGAAAGUUCUUCUCAGCUCCCUAGCCAAAAGUCCCAAACCCAAAUCAGAUCAAAGACCAACAUGGGACAAAUGGCAGCCUCCUCUAAGAAGACAGAAGAGGGCAAAAAAACAGAGCCUCAGAAGGCAGCAGUGGGCAGAAAAAAACAUACACAAUCUCUUCCUAGUAAGGAAGAAGACAUGGUGAUAGAGGAAGAAGGUACCCAGAGGCCUAUAAGGGAAAGAAGGAGGACUUCAAAGGUAUCUUACAAAGAGGAGAGUGGGAGUGGUGGGAGUGCAAGCAGCUCUGAUUUCCAACUCUCCAGUGAGAAUGACAGCCAAUUAUCUAAUGAGGAUUCUCAGCUUGGCCCUCAGAGACCAAGGAGGCCACCUCUAUCUCAGAAGACAAAGGCAGCAUCCAAGAGCAGUAGGAAGAAAAUCAGCUCAUCAGCAAAGAAUAAAAGAGUUGGCAGUCAGCCCUGCACCCUUCUGGCUGCAUCUCCAGAGGCCACAGGCACCAAGAGGGGUAAGAUCAUUUCUAGUGAUGACGAAGAAGAGGAAGAAAUUGGGAAAACAGUUGGUGUGGAUCAGUGGCUAGAAGUGUUCUGUGAAGGGGCAGAUAAGUGGAUAUGCCUAGACUGUGUACAUGGUGUGGUGGGCCAACCCUUGACCUGUUAUAAAUAUGCCACCAAGCCUUUAUCCUACAUUAUUGGUAUUGACAAUGAUGGUUAUGCCCGGGAUAUUACACAGCGCUAUGACCCAGUCUGGAUGACAGCUACCCGAAAGUGCCGUGUAGAUUCAGAGUGGUGGGCUGCAACCAUGAGACCUUACCAGAGCCCUUUUGGGGCAAGGGAAGAUAAAGAAGAAAUGGAGUUUCAGGCAAAGCUACAGGCCCAGCCCUUACCAACUGCUAUUGGCAUGUAUAAGAAUCACCCUCUUUAUGCCCUGAAAAGACAUCUCCUGAAAUACGAGGCCAUAUACCCAGAAUCUGCUGCAAUCCUCGGGUACUGUCGUGGGGAAGCUGUCUAUUCUAGGGACUGUGUUCACACUCUGCACUCAAAGGAUACCUGGCUGAAGCAAGCAAGAGUGGUCAGGAUUGGGGAAAUUCCAUAUAAGAUGGUAAAAGGAUAUUCCAAUCGUGCCCGGAAGGCCCGUCUAGCUGAUCCCCAGUUCCGGGACCAAGAUGACUUGGCUCUUUUUGGCCACUGGCAGACAGAGGAGUACCAGCCACCCGUGGCAGUGGAUGGGAAGGUCCCUCGGAAUGAAUUUGGAAAUGUUUACCUCUUCUUGCCCUGUAUGCUGCCCAUUGGCUGUGUCCAGCUCAAACUGCCCAACCUGCAUCGAGUGGCUCGAAAGCUGGAUAUCGACUGCGUGCAGGCUAUCACUGGCUUCGACUUCCAUGGUGGCUACUCGCAUCCUGUAACAGAUGGGUACGUUGUGUGUGAAGAACACAAGGAAGUGCUCCUGGCUGCCUGGGAAAAUGAACAAGCACUCAUCGAACAAAAGGAGAAAGAGAAAAGAGAGAAGAGAGCCCUAGGGCAUUGGAAGUUACUGGUGAAAGGACUCCUCAUAAGAGAGAGACUGAAGCGGCGCUUUGGUGACAAGGGUGAGGCUGCUGCAGCACCCCCAGAGGGAGAAGGAUUCUCAUCAGAUGAGGAAGGGACCAGCUCACAGGCAGCAGCCAAAAAUCUGGCUGCCUCCUGGCCCCAAAACCGAGAAACAGAAGAGCAGCAGAAACUGAAAGGAACAAGGAAGACAAAAAGGGAAAAAAGAGAGGAAGUCAAGCACCUGUUCCCCUUUGAAAAGCUGUAAUUCUGAGCAAACAGGCUCCCACUUCCACCAUGGCCAGAUGUUCCUCCGACUGCCCUGAAUCAUGGCAGUUAGGCAGUAGCUCUUGAGAUUUAGGUUGAGGAAAGGGAGAAUUGGUUCCAGAUCAACAGAGAUGGCUUAAGUACGCUGCAGGACUGCUCCUUAGACAAGAAUUCAGCCUUCACUUAAACCCUAGUCAUUUUGUAAAAGCUGGAUAUUUUUCUACUUGGGAAUCUUACCUUUUCAGUGGUAUCUUCCAACAAAAUAUGCUGAUGGAGUGGAUUUCUUUGGAGCUCCUCAGGAACUUUAGCAAAUGUUAGAUCAUUUUCUUUGUAAGAAGAACCAGAAUUAAAUAGAUUUUACAUGUGUACUGCAGAUGCAAAAGCCCUCUGCUGCCAGUUUAAAUCAAAUUUCCAUUUCACAGCCAUCUUUCUUGCCUCAAUGAGUAGUCAGUCACCUGCAAUGAUUUAAUGCAAAUAGCUCUAACCUUGACUUUACCUGCAUUUUCUUCCUGUACCUCAUUAAAACAGAAGAAAGAAUUAUAGCUUAGUUCCUACAAUAUGAUCCUUGGAUUCACUUAAGAAAGUAGGUACCUAUGAAAAGGGCUAAAAUCAGAGAAACAAAGUUCACAAACAUUAAAUCCUGAAGAAAUAGCAAUAAUCUGGAGUGAGCCUCCAACUGUUGUACAGGUUAAAUAAAAAAUGUUUAUACAUUAUA